CCGCGCCAGUCCGCAGAACUCGCCUAGACGCCUACAGUAGACACACACACGACACGGGCAAACCCGCACAACGGCACAAGCAAACCGCAGCUCCCAGCGUGCUCGCCAUCUCACCGACCGUGCCGCCGGCAACAAGUCAGUGAGCAACUCGCCAUGGCAGCAGCGUCGUCCACCACGCCGCCGUUCGACGGCCGCGUCGCGAUCGUCACCGGCGGGUCUCGGGGCAUUGGCCGCGAGGUGUCCUCCCACCUCGCCGCGCUCGGCGCACGCGUCGUGGUCAACUACGCCUCCAACCCGGGCAAGGCCGAGGAGCUCGUCGCAGAGCUCGCCUCGCGCGGCCUCCGCGCCGUGGCCGUGCGCGCGGACGUCUCCGACCCGGCCGCCGUGCGCGCGCUCUUCGACCGCGCCGAGGAGGCCUUCGGGUCCCCGCCGCACAUAGUGGUCGCCUGCGCGGGCAUCAUGGACGCCAAGUACCCCGCGCUGGCCGACACCGCCGUGGAGGACUUCGACGCCACGUUCGCGGUGAACACGCGCGGCAAGUUCCUGGUGUGCCGGGAGGCCGCCCGGCGCAUCCCUCCCAACAGCGGUGGGCGCAUCGUGACGUUCUCGUCGUCGACGGUCGCCGUGCUGACGCCGGGUUACGCGGCGUACGCGGCGUCCAACGCCGCCGUGGAGGCGAUGACGAGGAUCCUGGCCAAGGAGGUGGCGGCCAAGGGGAUCACGGCCAACGUGGUGGCGCCGGGCCCUGUGAACACGGACCUUUUCUUUGCCGGGAAGGAUGAGGCGUCCCUAGAGAGGGUGAAAAAAACCAUAGGGCGUAUAGCCGAGACGACAGAGAUCGCGCCCGUGGUGGCGUUCCUGGCGAGCGAGGCCUCGUCCUGGGUGAACGGUCAGGUUAUCAGGGUCAACGGGGGCGUCGCGUGAGUGCGCCGCUCGCUGAAAAUUUUACGUUGUGUUGGUGUGCUGGCAUGCGUUGAUAGUAGCAGUAUCUGUAUGCGUCAUUCAUGAUAUUUUUGUCUAGCCUGGUUUCAUAGUACUACCAUGUUACAAGUAUUCAGCGGUGCCAUGUAUUUCUCAACACGUCAAUCUAUGUGACUGAGUAAAAAAAGUUGUUCA